AUGAACGAGAUCUCAGGAGAGUCGUCCUCAAACGUUGAGGAAAGUCAUGGAGCACCUCAAAGUUCUGAUCAGAAGACCUUCCUCAAAAGAGGCCCUUGGAGUGCAGAAGAGGACGACCUGCUUAGGCUGUUCGUUCAGGCUUACGGCGAUGGUGUUUGGGGUUCAGCAAAAGAAAAGGCAGGCCUUCAACGCAGUGCCACGAGUUGCGCUCGAAGGUACAGGCACUUUCUCGAUCCGUCUCUCAAGAGCGAACCUAUCACAGAGGAAGAAGGGGAUCGCAUCCUGUCUCUGCAGAAGGAGCUGGGCAAUAAGUGGAGCAUGAUUGCAAAACAACUCCCCGGGAGGAAUGGCCACGCCGUCAAGAGCUGGUUCGACAACCACCUGGCCGGAAGGCCGAGCAAACGUCCCAAAUGCGCUGCCCCUCCCCCCUCCCAAAAUGCUUCUUCAAUGCUGCCUGCAAACGAGGCCUACUUCAUUCCAGAGCAAUCUAAUCAGCCAGUUGCACCGAUCCCCAAGCACGAGCCUCCAGACCCCAUCGCGUAUUGGCAGCAUCUCCCUCUCCCGCCGCCGCCAAAUGUUCCCCCGGCACCGCGGCCGCCCGCGCCCUUCCACGCGCCCCACUUCGCGCCCACGCUGCGCUGCGCCGCGCGCGCGUGCGGCGGCCGCAGCCGACCGCUGACCGUCCAACUGCCCCUCGCGCCGACGACUUUCGCGCCGCCACCGCAGCCUCUCUUUCCCUCGGUUCCCUUUCCAGACCCGCAGUUCCCUGAUUGGCAUCCUUCCGUUCCUUUUCCGGUCGCUCAACCGGGCAACGAAGUUUUGCCGGUCGGCUCCUUUUCCGCGCCGCCUCUGGACUUGUACUCUCGCCCAAGCUCCGCAAACCCGCUCGCGCUUCCCCCACCGGUUCUCCAGUGGCUUGCGCAUUCACAACCGAUCGCUAACGGGAGUCCCAGCACUCAUAAAGCAAGUAAGGAGCAGAAGGGCGACCACUCCGGGCUGCGAUUAGAGAUCGGGUCGCCGCCAGGGCCCUUCGUUAAUGUCCUCGGGACAGACCCGCUGACACCCGAAGGUAACAAGACGCAGGUCGGAGAGGAGCCCCGGUCGGCCCCGGUUGAUUCCUUCCCGAGCGAGUUGGAAGACCUGGACUUGACAGGGUGGCCUUCGGAAGCUCCCGAGCCGCAGGGGGGCGGAACCCAAGGCUUUACGAACGCGUCUGCGAGUGCGGACCGUUGGGCUGAGGAAGAUUGUCGACAGACAGAGGCGGGAGACUUUCAGUGCGACGAACAGGGAUUGGGGAGUUCCGAGGAGGGAGUGUUUCCGGCAAGAAGUCCUCCGUCUUUCUCUGAGAUGGAUGACACUGCCGGGGGAAUGACCGAGAGCCAGAAGGUGGCCAGGCGGGCAGUGGAAGAAGAACGAGCGCGCCUGUUCGAAGCCUUGGAUCCGGACUGCAAGCGGGUGUGUCGGUCGGAGGAAUUGAUGGCGGCUGCUCGGGCGCUAGACGAAGAACAAUCCAGACUGUUCUCAGUGUUGGAGGAUCAAGGCCGCUGA